UAAGAAUAUAUAUAUUUUCAAAAUUGUGUUCUAAAUUAGAAAUAUUGGAAAGAGGAAAAUCUCAAAUCCUACAAAAAAUCAGUGAUGGCUACCCCUGCUUCCAUCAGCCCCCUCGCCCACUUCCACCGCCCCGCCGCGGCCGCCGCCACCCCCACCUUUUUCUUCUGCCGGCGAGGAAUCUCUGCCGUCCAUGCCUCCCGACCCACAUCGGCGCCGUCUAUCGACGGGCCUCGCCGCUGGUCCCCCGACACCUGGAAGUCCUGCCCGGUCCUCCAGCUGCCGGUCUACCCGGAUCCAGACGAGCUCCAGUCGGUCCUCCAGACCCUCGAGUCCUUCCCACCGAUCGUAUUCGCCGGCGAGUCCCGGAAUCUGGAGGAGCGCCUCGCCUCCGCCGCCGUCGGCGAGGCGUUCCUUCUCCAGGGCGGCGACUGCGCCGAGAGUUUCAAAGAAUUUAAUGGGACUAACAUUAGGGAUACCUUCAGAGUGUUGUUGCAGAUGGGUAUCGUUCUCACUUUCGGAGCUCAGAUGCCAAUCGUCAAGGUGGGACGGAUGGCAGGCCAAUUUGCUAAACCAAGGUCAGAUCCAUUUGAGACUAAGGACGGAGUAAAGCUCCCAAGUUAUCGAGGAGACAAUAUUAAUGGUGAUGCUUUUGAUGAAAAAUCUCGAACUCCUGACCCUCAAAGAUUAAUCAGAGCGUACCUUCAAUCUGUUGGUACAUUGAAUCUUCUUCGGGCAUUUGCCACUGGUGGCUAUGCUGCUAUGCAAAGAGUAUCCAAAUGGAAUCUUGACUUUGUUGAACACAGUGAACAAGGAGACAGGUAUAUGGAGCUUGCACAGAGAGUGGAUGAAGCGCUGGGUUUCAUGGCUGCUGCUGGGCUUACUGUUGAUCAUCCCAUAAUGAACACCGUGGAGUUCUGGACGUCUCAUGAGUGCCUUCAUUUGCCUUAUGAGCAAGCCUUGACGAGAGAGGAUUCUACAACCGGCCUCUACUAUGAUUGUUCUGCUCACAUGCUUUGGGUAGGCGAGAGGACUCGGCAAUUGGACGGUGCGCAUGUUGAAUUCCUCCGUGGUGUAUCCAAUCCGCUUGGUAUAAAGGUGAGUGACAAGAUGGAUCCGAAAGAGCUUGUGAAAUUGUGUGAGAUUCUCAACCCUCACAACAAACCCGGAAGACUGACAAUAAUCACCCGAAUGGGAGCAGAUAAUAUGCGGAUAAAGCUCCCACAUCUGAUUAGAGCUGUGCGACAGGCUGGGCUUAUUGUAACGUGGGUCAGUGACCCCAUGCAUGGGAACACCAUAAAGGCUCCGUGUGGCCUCAAGACACGACCAUUUGAUGCAAUCAGGUCAGAGUUGAGGGCCUUCUUUGAUGUUCAUGAUCAAGAAGGGAGCUAUCCCGGGGGCGUUCAUCUAGAGAUGACUGGGCAGAAUGUAACUGAGUGCAUUGGAGGUUCAAAGACGGUGACUUUUGAUGACUUGAACUCCCGCUACCACACCCACUGCGACCCCAGGCUCAAUGCAUCACAGUCGCUGGAGCUGGCUUUUGCCAUAUCUGAGAGGUUGAGAAAGAAGAGGAUGAGAUCAGGUCACAGUAUCCUCACAGGGCAAAAGGGUUCUUCAUCGUAAAGAUUUAUAGUUUUUGGUCUUUGGCAAUCAGGAUCUAGUUUAUAUUCAUACCUAUAGGCUUCCCUAGUAGUGCUAUAAAAUUAAGAAAUUUCUACAAAAUAUUUAUUCUCCUUGGGGUGGCAUUCUCUAUCACUAGUUUCCAAUUUCUUAAAGUUGGAAAGGGUGUGUUUUUUUUUUUUUUUGACUUCCUAGUACCCAUAUAUAAACAUAACAAGAGGUUUGUGGCUUGCUUAUAA